AUGCGUUGCGUGCUCGCGCUCCUGGCGCUUGCGUUUCGUUUCACCGACGCCUGUACUGCGUACGCUGUCGGAAAGGGCGCAUCGGUCGACGGGAGUGUAAUGCUCUCCCAUUCAGAAGAUUCGUCCAACACACACGAUCCAAGGAUAGCAUUCGUGCCAGCGGCAGAUCACGAGGAGGGAUCAAAGAUGCCGGUGUACCCAGACGGCGAAAACUACCCGCGCUUUGUUGGCGUUGAUCGUGGCUCGACGUAUGAGCCUGUGGGGGCGCAAAAGGCGACGAAGCCGCUCGGGUAUAUUGAUCAGGUGUCGCACACCAUGGCAUACAUUGACAGCACGUAUGCGAUGCAAAACGAGUGCCACCUCAUGUUCGGCGAGUCGACCGCUUCGUCUGCGUUUCGCGCUCUUGAUAAGGCCGCGGAUGGUGGCACGGCCCUCUUUUGCGUGAACGAGCUGACCCGAGUCGCAGCCCAGCGCGUGUGCAGCGCGCGUGAGGCAAUCAAGCUGAUGGGGAGCCUCGCAGAGGAGCACGGCUUCUACGGAGCCGAUGGAGGCGCGGGUGAGGUCCUGAUGGUGGGAGAUACGGAGGAGGUCUUCAUAUUCCACAUCCUAUCCGACCCCACAAAGAAGAGCGCAAUCUGGGUCGCGCAGCGCGUCCCCGACGACCACGCUGCCGUGAUCGCGAACUGCUUUUCCAUCCGCGAAGUGGACCUCGACGACUCGCACACCUUCCUUGGGUCGUCCAACAUGAAGUCGAUCGCGCUCGAGUACGGCCUGUGGGACGGCAAGGGCCUGCUCGACUUUAGCGGCGCCUUCAGUGGGGGUGAAUACGCCUCCAAAUAUUAUACCGGUCGUCGCGUUUGGGACGGGUAUCGCCGUUUCGCACCGUCGCUCAAGCUUAACCCCGAGUAUGGCUCCUUCAAGCUCGACCGCCCCUACCCAGUGUCAGUCAAGGUGGACAAGAAGCUGAGCGUGCACGACCUCAUGGCUGCGAGCCGGUCGCACUACGAAGGCACUGAGUUUGACAUGACAAAGGGCCUCGCCGCCGGCCCCUUUGGCUCGCCGGAUCGCUAUGGGGAGGGCAAGGGUCAACCUGGCUAUUCGAAGCCACCCCAGGGGGCGUGGGAACGGACGGUGGGUCUCUUUCGCACGACCGGCACCAAGAUCAUCACGGCCAACAGCAAUCUGCCCGACGCGGCGGCGGGGACGGUCUGGUGGGCGGCAGGCGACUCCUCCAAGUCGGUCUAUGUGCCGAGCAUGGUGUCUGCCGGCAGUGUGCCAAUGUCGCUCUCGCUUGGAAACGAGGCGGAACUGGACCGCGGCUCCGCCUUUUGGGCGCACCGCUACAUUGCCAACCUCGUCCAGCUGCGCUACAACUAG